UAUGUCAAGUACCAGAGAAAUGUCAGUAUUUUGCAACUAACUCAAGAAGCAUAUAAAUGCCCAUGUAAGAGUGGACGAAAUCAUUAACCGAGAAGACUUGAAGAGAGAACAUUGAAGAGCAGAAGAAAUAUGGCCUCCAAAGUCUUGCUUAUUCUUUGUCUCGUGGCUUUGUUCACCCCACUCUGGAGUUUGCCUUUACCUAUGCAAAAUGAUGUUAUGGACGAAAGUGGCAGUGGUGAAGAUGAAAGUGGUGAAAGCGGCAGUGAAGACGGAAGUACCGAAGAAGGAAGCGUAGAAGGUGAAAGUGGAGACGACAUUGAUGAUGAUACAGAUGACAAAUUAAACGAAGACGACGAAACUGGUGAGGACUCCGGAGAUGACGGCGGUGAUGGUGAUGGUGAUGAAGAUGAGAGUGGCGAGGAGUCUGGAGAUGAUAAUGACGACGAAAAAAGCGAUGAAUCUGGAGAAGACAGUGGCGAUGGAGAAGAAAACGAGAGCGGUGAGGAGUCUGGAGAUGAUGAUGGCGAUGAAAAUAACGAUAAGCCUGGUGAUGACAGCGGUGAUGGAGAUGACGAUGAGAAUGGUGACGAGUCUGGCGAUGAUGACGGUGAUGAAAAUAACGAUGAAUCUGAAGAUGACAGUGGUGAUGAAAAUGCCGAUGAGUCUGGUGAUGACAGCGGUGAUGGAGAUGACGACGAAAGUGGCGAGGAGUCUGAAGAUGACAGCGGUGAUGAAAAUAACGAUGAGCCUGGUGAUGACAGUGGUGAUGGAGAAGAUAAUGAAAGUGGCGAUGAGUCUGAAGAUGACGACGGUGACAGCGAGAACGGAGAAGACUCCGAAGAUGAUGGAGAUGAUGGAGAUGAUGGAGAUGAUGAUGAUGGAGAUGAUGGAGAUGAUGAUGAUGGAGAUGAUGAGUCCGACGAAGACGAAGACGAUGAAAGUGACGAUGGGGAUAGCGAUGAAAGUGGUGAAGAGUCAGAAGAAGAUAGUGAAGAUGAAAAUGAAGAGAGCGGAGAGGACAUGGACAAUGACGACACAUAUAUGCAAGGCUUUGAUGACGAAGACUCUGACAAAGUAAUUGAUGAAUUUGGAAGUGGAAUCGACGAUAUAGGAAAAGGCAAACUACAAGGUCUCGAUAUAGAUCACUUGCUUUCGUCUGGCGGACUUACAUUAAGUGGAGCAUUUACUUCGUUCUGUAUCAGUACAAUUGUAUGCUUACUUUCAAGCAUAUUUUACUAG